GCAUCAUCAUGGCGGAAGAAGAGAAAACGCAUGCUGCCAUUGAUGUGCAGGUGCCACUUGAACAACAUGACACUGAAAUCGCCGACAUGGAGCCAUUGAUAGUAAAAGACCUCUUGACCGCAGUUGGAUGGCUGUGGAAAAACUGCCAUGCCUUCAGAGGUUUUGUGGAAGAGCCGUGGUAUCUGAAAUUAAACCAGGAAGACCAGGAAAAGGCCCUUCAAUUUAAUCAGGCGGAAAUCAAUGAUGACCAACAACUGGCCAAAGAGCCUUUCAUGUUUUGUUUCCAAUUCAAGGAAGAUAUGGACGUUUUUCUUUGCGAGUGUCUGGACAAAAGGCACCUCAGGAUUAACUCCAUGUUUAUGGAGUUUUGAUUUAAUUUAGUAUUAAUGUUAUUUUUGAGAAUUAUUGUUAAAUGUGUGCCUGCAUAACUUCAAUUUAUUUAUUUACUUAAGUUUGAUUUUGUAUUUUUAAUUAAUUGUAUUUAUU